UCCUGGCGCGCGCAUCGCAUCCCAUUGCUUUCGCGACUUCGUCAUUCACGCCUGCCCACGCUGGCCCCGCGCCGCUCCUCCACCAUGGCCAACGCCGACGCCGGCAGCGCCACCCCCAUCCCCACCACCGAAAAGGAUGCGACCAGCAACAUCCCAGAGGAGCAAUGGAAGGCCAUGCAGACCGUCCUCAACAACGUCUAUGCGCACAGGCUCGACGACAAUUACGACCCGUCCAAGCUGUUCCACAGGAAGAUAAACAAGCGCCAGGUCCCCGACUACUACGAUGUCAUCAAAGAUCCCAUGGCCCUCAGCAUCGUCAAGCAGAAGAUCAGCGGCAGAGAAUAUAAGGACUUUACCGACUUUGUCCGGGACAUGGCCCUCAUACCCUACAAUGCCCAAGUCUACAACCGCCAGGAUUCUCAAGCAUACCAAGACGCGCUCGUCAUCAAGGAAUUCUUCGAGGGUGAGCUGAAGAGGCUGGUCAACGAGAAGAUCAUCACUGAAGCCGAUGCGAAACUGCCCUAUCUCGGUGAAAUCCCAACAUACGAGGAUCCGCCUGCGGAGGAGCAAGAAGAGGAAGAGGACGAUGAAGAGGACGAGGAUGAUGAGGAGGCCGAAGACUCCGAGGACGACAAGCCGAAGCGCAAGCGCGGAGCUCCCCGCUCCACCGCUGCGAUCACCAAGCGCGAAAGCGGUAGUGGGAGCGGCAACAAGGAGGAAACGAAGGAAAAGGCCGCGACCGACGCAGAGUCCCGGAAGAAGCGCGGCAGGCCUCCACGGGUCGAUACCCCCAUGGAAGCUCGCAUCAAGAACAUCAUGAGGGCAAUACGGAAACCGCGCAAUGAGCAAAAACAGCUGAUGGUCAGCCACUUCGAGCGAGUUCCCGACAAAACUGCCAUGCCCGAGUACUUUGCGGAAAUCAAGACUCCCAUGGCAAUGGACAUGCUGAAGAAGAAGCUCAAGCGGAAGAAGUAUCAGUCGAUUGAUCAGUUCAUGAAGGACGUAGAGCUCAUGUUUGAGAAUGCGAAGCAAUACAACCAAGACGAGAGCCAGGUGUACCAGGACGCCGUGUACCUGCAAAAGGAGGCUCGUAAGGCGGCUGAAGAGGAAGAGCAGAAGCCGGAUACGGACUUUGUCAUGGAGGACGGCCGCCUACCCAUGCCUAACGGUAUCCUUCAUAACGGAGAACUGUGGAAGGUUGGCGAUUGGGUGCACAUUCAAAACGCAAACGACUUGACGAAACCCAUCGUCGCGCAGAUUUACCGCACAUGGCAAGACCAGGAAGGUGGGAAAUGGGUUAAUGCCUGUUGGUACUACCGACCCGAGCAAACGGUACAUCGCUUCGACCGUCAUUUCUACGAGAACGAGGUGGUCAAGACCGGCCAAUAUCGUGACCACCCGAUUGACGAGGUCGUUGAUCGCUGCUUCGUCAUGUUCUUCACGCGCUACAACAAGGGCAGACCGAGAAACUUUCCGUCCGACAAGGAAAUCUAUGUCUGCGAGGCCCGGUACAACGAAGAGAAGCACAAGCUGAACAAGAUCAAGACUUGGGCUAGCUGUCUUCCGGACGAGGUGCGCGACAAGGACUACGAAAUGGAUUUGUUCGAUGCGCCGAGGAAGAUCAAGAAGGUUCCCAGUCCCAUCGCAUACCUGCUCAAGGAUGAUGCGUCGGAAAAUGACGAUCUUCCCGAGCCAGAGUGGGGUGCUCCAAACGCCCCUCCCAAGAUUGGUGCUGUACACAAACGACCAAGGGACCCCAAGGAAUCACCACCACCAGAGCCUACACCUUCACCACCGCCUCAACCGCCUGCGCCGCCACCGCGACAAGACUCCAACAUGUCGGCCCACGCAUCGAACGGUUAUGCUAGCCAACCGCGUGUUGACUAUCAAGUUGCCGGCCACGUCUCACACACGCCCAUCCCGACGCCAACACCGCAAUCUCACCACACACAACCCUCAUACACUCCGCAAGCGUCACAAUACCACCAACACUCAGCCUCACCUGCACCACCCAUGCAAUCACUGGCAGCUACCCACCCAGCCAGCUUCCCACCAACACUCACUCCACACACGAGCUUCACCGCGCCAGCACCAACACCUCUCCCCACAAACACCUACGCAACCACAAUGCCCAGCACCAUCUACGCGCAGCAAGCGCUACGCCACCAGCCUCUCGGCGGCUACAAGCCUCCCCAAACAAUCGAGGUGUACCGCCUCGACGACCACACGAACUCGACAAUCCCGCCCGCCAUCCGCGACCAGUUCCAGCAGGACGAACUAGGCCGCGUGCUCUUCUUCACGGCGCCCCCGCUGGAUGCCCUUCCCCCCGCCAAGCCCGGCCGGGCCCUCGGCCACAGUGCGCAGUUCCUGGCUGCGAAGGCGCGGCGCGAGAGCCUGCUGCGGGCGAAGCGGGCACGGGAGGAGGCGGAGCGCCCAGAGCGCGAGCGCGCGGCUAAGCGGGCGAGGCGGGAGGAAGGCGAGGCGUUUGCGAGGUCGGUGCAGGGGCUGAUGGGGCGGGCGACGAGAGCGCUCGAGGACCAGGUUGCUAGUGCUGCAAGGAGCGAGUUUGGCACGUUGUUUGGAGGGGAGGGGGAGGGCGAGAAGCUGGAGAGGGAGAUUGAGAGGUUGGUUGGUUUGCAGAGGGGGGUUAGGGAGCGGGAGAGGGGGGUGGAGGAGAUGCGGAGAAGGAGGGUGGAGAGGGAGGGGGUUAGGCUUGUGGGGACGACGGUGCUGUUGGAGGAUGGGGUUUAGGGUGUGGUUUGGGUGGUUUGCUUGGGUUGCUCUUGGGAAGGGGGUAGUGCGUUGAUGGGAGAGGGGAAGUGGGAGAGUGGUGGAUUAAUGAGGGGUUGCUGAGGGAAUGAGUGCCUAGGUAUGAAGCAGAACCGAGUGGAGCGGAGUGGAACAGAGCGGAGGAGAAGGGAGUUGGAUUUGCUACCUACCUACCUACCUACCUACCUAGCUGCCGUUCCUGAUGACGUUGUACGAAUAGACUAGACUAAGGAGGUCUUUCUCAUAUUUGGGUGCUUGUUUUUUC